AUGUGCUGUCUGUAUUCUGUGAAUUUUAAUGGCAACCUAUUUCAGUUUUGGGAAGUAAUAUCCGAUGAACAUGGCAUCGACACAACUGGAACAUACCGAGGAGAAUCGCCCUUACAGCUGGAACGGAUCAAUGUCUACUACAACAAAGCGUCAGAUACUAAGUGCAGAGUGGAAAGUACGUUCCGCGCGGCCGUGGUGGUGAGCCUGAGCCAGGCACAUGGAUAUCCGUGCGAUCGGGGCCUUCGAAUGGCGACUCAUUCCGGCGGGACAACGUUACGUGUUCGGAGCGUAGUCGUGCGGGCAAACAACUGGGCAAGGGCAGCAUACGCAGUAGGGGGGAGGCUGGUGGAGCACGCGGCUGUGCGUGGUGCGCGUCAAGGAGGGUGGAGAACUGCGACUGCUGCAGGGCUUUCCAGCUCACGCACUGUGUGGGACGGGGCAGGGGUGUCUGACACGGUGGUGGAGCCGUACAACGCGACGCUGUCAGUGCAUCAGCUGGUGGAGAACACUGACGAGACAUUCUGCAUCGACAACGAGGCGCUCUACGACAUCUGCUUCCGCACGCUCAAGCUGCCCACGCCCACCUACGGAGACCUCAACCACCUCGUCUCCUCCACCAUGUCGGGCGUCACCACCUGCCUCAGUUUUACAGUGGCGGCGGUGUUCCGGGGUCGCAUGAGCAUGAAGGAGGUGGACGAGCAGAUGCUGAACGUGCAGAACAAGAACAGCACCUACUUCGUCGAGUGGAUCCCUAACAACGUGAAGACGGCCGUUUGCGACAUUCCGCCGCGCGGACUCAAGAUGUCCGCCACUUUCAUCGGCAACACCACUGCCAUCCAGGAGCUGUUCAAGCGCAUUUCGGAGCAGUUCUCCGCCAUGUACCGACGCAAGGCCUUCCUGCACUGGUACCUGGGCGAGGGCAUGGACGAGAUGGAGUUCACGGAGGCCGAGUCCAACGUGAACGACCUCAUCUCCGAGUACCAGCAGUACCAGGACGCCCCCGCCGAGGAGGAGGGGCCCUACGAGGACGAGGAGGAGGAGCCGGAGGACGCUUGAGGACGCAGGAGCCCCCCCUCCCCCGCCCCCUUCGUCUGACGUCUUCGCGCGUCCACACUUCCCCCCCACCCCCACCAUCACUUUGAAAGAGAAAACGGAACCAGGUCGUCAAAAUUGCCCUCUUAUUUCACUGUUCAUAAUUUUGAGGCCACUUUAUGGAAAAAAACGGAAAAAUAAAAAACAUUGGGCACUGUCGUCGUAGAAUUUAUUUCCGUAAUACGUUGUAAAUAUUAUCUGCAAUCGUGUCGUGACUUCCUAUGAAAUACAGCAGAUGGUUCAGUUUUACCAACAAACGCCUGAUUGAUUUACGCAAAAGAUAAAAUUUACUUAUGUAACAAGAGUUUCUCGAAACAUACCGUUUUAAACAAUCAAUGACUUUUUU